AUGCCCAACCCUCUCAAAGCAAGUUAUCACUUCUUAGCCUGGAUUCUGGACCACGAUCAAGUCCCAAACGACAUACGACGUAGUCUAGAGCUCGUUCGAACAUGUGAUUCAGAUCUCCAACACCUCAUCGAACUCAGAAACGACUGUCUUCCUCUCCUUCAGCGUCGUCCAAAGGUUCUUCAGCGUGUGCACACAAUUAUAGAAUCCGCACAGAACGGACUCCAAGAAGUCUGUGAGAUUGUCGAGAGAUGUCGUCCGGAAAACGAUAGAGGUUCUAGAACAACCUUUUCCAAGCGUAUGGCAUGGGUUCUUGUUGAGUCUUCCGAGUUCAGGAGUCAAGAACCCAUUGUUAGUCGGCACCAUGCUGCUGUGCUGGCUGAGUUGAACUUCUUGAGGCAGAUUGCUCUUAUGGCUCCUAUUGCUGGACCGGAAGAGCGCAAGGAGAAGAGAGGCAUCGUGAAAGAAGCUACAGUAUUUGAUAAUGUUGCUUUACUGGGAGAUCUUUUGGGGGAUACAACAAGUGAGUCGAACUUUUUCUCCCACAGGUACACCCGACUACAGUGCUCUGAUUCAACCUCAAUAGUCCCUUCUGAGAAACAACCCCCGGUAACCCAGACUAUUGCACCUCAGCCACCUAUCAUAGUUCUCAACGCAAAUACGGAAUCACUCGCCCACUCCAAAAUAUCAUCACUACAAGCUCCCGCAUCUCUACAGCGCCAAUCGAGCUCUCAGACGUUACACAUAGAACACGCCUACGACUCUUUACCAGAAGUUCUUCCAGUCAACAUGACAAGCGUUGCUCCAUCAAGAUCACUAACUACAAGUUCCAAGUAUGACACCAAAGAUCUAGUAGGGCUUUCUCUGCUUCUCGGAGACCCGCUUGAUUUUGAAAACUGUCCAACACCAUCACCAGUUUCUCAGAGGGAAGGCAUGAAGCGACCAGUGACAGUUCCAGCUCCAUCUUCAGCUCCAUCUCAAGUAUCAAUCAAUGGUCCCCCGCGAAAUCAAUCUAUUUAUGGCGAGUCAAAUCAACUACCUCCAUACAACCCAGAAGACAGUGUCUCCGACUUGAGUCAAGCCAGUAUAAACUCAUACGAAUCUUCAUCUCUAUCAUCAAACAUCUCAAGCCCUCUCCACCACCGCCCGUCCGCUCUAUCUGUACUCUCUUCUACCGCACAGGCACCAAGCCAGCAUUGCCAAAGCUGCUCUAAUCGCUACCCUGGCCAGUUUGUAUGGACAAACUCGUCUUCUACAACCAUCUCUAUAGCAUCACCAUAUUUCUACGACAACAACCCCCUGCUUUCCCAGCCGAUUGCUGAACUGGAUACUUCUCCAUAUCACAUGGUCCCAAUAGUUGAUGCACCACUCCACCAUGACCGGUCGGGCGAUCAGACAAUGGCUGUGCAGGUCAACAUAACACCUGUUGAGCUUCCUGCACAGGAGAGGCAGCCUGCAAAGCCCAAUCUACGCCGUCAAACUAUACGCCUUGGUUCCAGCAGGCGUGGACGUACGCUCAGCGAGCCAGGCUCAUCGUUACAACAGCAAGACAAAAAGCCACACUAG